AUGCACGUGUUGUCGACUGCUGUGUUGCUUGGCUCAGUUGCCGUCCAGAAGGUUCUGGGAAGACCAGGAUCAAACGGCCUGUCCGACAUCACAAAACGUUCCGUUGAUAGCUUCAUCAGCGCAGAAACUCCUAUUGCGUUAAACAACCUCCUUUGCAAUGUUGGCCCUGAUGGAUGCCGUGCGUUUGGCACAUCGGCUGGUGCUGUGAUUGCUUCUCCCAGCACAGUUGACCCAGACUACUACUACAUGUGGACGCGAGACAGUGCCCUUGUCUUCAAGAACAUUGUCGACCGCUUCACCCAGAAGUAUGAUGCCGGCCUGCAGCGCCGCAUCGAGCAGUACAUUUCUGCUCAGGUUACUCUUCAGGGGAUUUCGAACCCGUCUGGCUCCCUCUCGGACGGUUCCGGACUUGGUGAACCCAAGUUUGAGUUGACGUUGAACCAGUUUACUGGCAACUGGGGUCGCCCGCAGCGUGACGGCCCAGCUCUUCGGGCUAUUGCCUUGAUUGGCUAUUCGAAGUGGCUCAUCAACAACAACUAUCAGUCGACGGUGUCGAGCGUCAUCUGGCCCAUCGUUAAGAAUGAUCUCAACUAUGUUGCCCAAUACUGGAACCAAACCGGUUUUGACUUGUGGGAGGAAGUUAAUGGCAGCUCAUUCUUUACCGUUGCCAACCAGCACCGAGCACUUGUUGAGGGCGCCACACUUGCUACAACCCUUGGCCAGUCAGGAAGCACCUAUUCCUCUGUUGCUCCCCAGAUCCUGUGCUUCCUCCAGAGAUUCUGGGUUUCUGGUUCAUACAUUGACUCCAACAUCAACGUCAAUGAGGGCAGGACUGGAAAGGAUGCCAACUCUCUUCUCGCAUCUAUCCACACAUUCGAUCCUAGCCUUGGCUGCGAUGCCUCUACCUUCCAGCCCUGCAGUGACAAAGCUCUCUCCAACCUCAAGGUCGUUGUCGACUCCUUCCGCUCCAUCUACGGCGUCAACAGUGGAAUUUCUGCCAGCUCUGCCGUUGCUAUCGGCAGAUACCCCGAAGACGUGUACUUUAACGGAAACCCUUGGUAUCUUGCCACGUUCGCUGCUGCCGAACAACUGUACGACGCUCUCUAUGUCUGGAAGCAGGCCGGCUCCAUCACAGUGACCUCCACCUCUCUGGCCUUCUUCCAGCAGCUUGUUCCCGGUGUCGCGGCUGGAACUUACUCCAGCAGCCAGUCUACCUACACAAGCAUCAUCAACGCCGUCUCGGCAUAUGCUGAUGGAUUCAUGAACGAGGCUGCCAAGUACGUCCCUGCUGAUGGCUCGCUCGCCGAGCAGUUCGACAAGAACAGCGGCACGCCUCUGUCUGCCGUUCACCUGACCUGGUCGUACGCCUCUUUCCUGACAGCCGCGGACCGUCGGGCUGGCAUUGUUCCCUCAUCGUGGGCCAGCAGCGGCGCUAACACUGUCCCUUCAUCCUGCUCCGGAGCGUCUGUGGUUGGAUCGUACUCGCGUCCCACAGCCACGUCAUUCCCACCAUCGCAGACCCCUAAGCCUGGCGUUCCUUCUGGUACUCCCUUCACACCUAUUCCCUGCGCUACCCCGACCUCCGUUGCCGUCACUUUCCACGAGCUUGCCACGACGCAGUUUGGCCAGACGAUCAAGGUCGUUGGCAGCGUUCCCGAGCUGGGCAACUGGAGCACGAACGCAGCCGUGGCUCUUAAUGCCGUCAACUACGCUUCUAACCAUCCUCUGUGGCUUGGAUCGAUUAACCUCGCGGCCGGAGAAGUCGUCCAGUACAAGUACAUCAACGUGGGCUCGGAUGGCUCCGUGACCUGGGAGAGUGACCCCAACCACACCUACACUGUUCCUGCGGUGGCCUGUGUUACCCAGGUGGUUAAGGAGGAUACCUGGCAGUCAUAA